UAUUAUCGAGUACGCACGAAUGGUAGAUCGAAUUCUUUCACUAAUUAAUACGAUCGAAGCCCGUUCGAAAAAAAUAAGCAUCGAGUUUCUCGCUUUCAAAGUCGAACGUCGAGCUUGGUAUCGUGGAAAAUUUCGCGAUCGCGUCGAGAAACCGUACGCGACGGUCUCGUACGAGGGAAAAGAGGAGCAAGAGGACGAGGAGGGGACCGAAGGAUGUCGGAGGUGCAGCGUCGACAAAUUCCUCGCUCAAACAAAAUGGCCAAUCCUAUCGGCGUUGUUCCUUCUAUUUCGGCCCUCGCCGACAUUCGCCCCGUCUAGACCAACAAAAUUUUCUCCGAUCUCUCGUCACCUUCUUUUCUCGUCGGAUUAAAGCACGGAUAGAACCUUAAAGAUUCGAGCCUUAAGAAAUAGUACCGCGAAUAAUAUUAGACGCAUCUUGUUUGAAUUCGAUUCGAUUAGACGCUCGUAAAGGAUUAGAGACAAAAUGGCCAAGAUCUUUGGUAUCGUGCUCGAGAGAGGGAACGAGAGAGAGAGAGAGAGAGAGAGAGAGAGAGAGAGAGAGAGAGAGAGAAGGAAGAGAAGCGAGGGCUUGAGAGGUAGAGGUGCGACAGCGAAUAAGGAAAAUUUGAUAUUCAUGAAGUAUUUUAAAGUCGUGGCAUCUCGGAAAUGGGUAGGAAGAAGGGCUAAAGGUUAAGACCCGUGGACGUCUGCGGAAAGCUAUUUAGAUACGAGGCCGCGAUUUCCUCUUUUCCCUUGUCCUCGCGAAUCACCGUCUCUUCAUAAACGCUUCGUGAUCCUUGAGCUUUCUCCUCGUUCGCGCGAGAAUACGCACGCUCCAAUUUUAUCGUUCGUCCUUUACGUGAAAUGCAGAAAAAGACAGACAGACGGAGAGAGAGAGAGAGAGAGAGAGAGAGAGAGAGAGAGAGAGAGAGAGAGAGAGACUAUUGCGAUACGACUUUCAUCGAGCGAGUCGAUCGAGAUAAGUAGAUAUAUCGAAACGAUGCUACGGGUAAGCUACCGAGGUUCCUAUACAUUUGUACUCAUCUUACAAUUUGCCUUAAUUUGCGAUUCCGAAUUUGAAGCUUUGCAUGCAAAAGUUGAAAAGUUUUCAUUUGAAUAAUUCUCUCGAAAGUGAGGAUACGGGAGUAAAAGUAUUCACCGUUUAAAAAACUAAAAGAACGGAAGAAGAAAGUCGAAAUGGUGCAUCGCGCGACUGAGACUUUUUGAUUAAAGUUAAUAUUUCCAGAAACGUCGAAGUGGUUCCAGUUAGGUGGGCCACCCUGUAUAUAAUAUAAGAGUUUUUGGAAAAGAGGAACGUUCCCAAAGAAGCAAAGAAAAUAAAGAAGAAAGGGGAAAAGAAGAGAAAAGAAGAGAAGAAGUGGUUGGAAAUGGAAGGAGUCGGAGAUAAGGGGCGUGAGCAAAUGGCGGCAACCGAACGAAUCCCAACUCGCGUGGAUCGUUUGGGGUGGUCCCAAAGAGCACGCCCACCCUAACGGUGACGUCACCAAGUGACAUGCGCGCCAAUGUCAUGUCACCCCCGUCACGUUCGGCGCGUCGCGCUGCGCUCGAGCGUAUCGGCCACCACUCAGAUAACGGAGACACCGACGACGACGCAUCUCUCUGCUCUGCCGUGAAAACGACGCUCGGUUCUCCGCGUAUUUCGGCGAGCGAAAGUCCUGCUCGGAAGGCUGAGGAGAAGGAUUAUUAUUUGGCGGGAAAGAGGAAACGUCGAGUGGCAUCGAAGUGCGAGGAAAAGUGUUAAGUGUCGACGACGACGACGACGACGACGAAAAUCAUUCCGUCUGUCGAACGAAGGAACGCAUCUUUUAGAAGAAACCGUAGAAAGUGUCGGUGCAUCGUUGAUUCAGACUCACGUGGAUCUUCUGCAGCUCUUUCCCUUUUUUCUUCUUUUUUUUUUGCUCGAGGGCUGUAAAGAAAAGUGAUCACGACGACGUUGGAAACAGCGACGAGUUGUCAAGGAGGUGCCGGAGGAAUACCCGUUGUCACCGAGGAGACGCUCACGUAUGCAGCUGCAACGGACGCGGUAGAGAAGGUGGAGGCGCAGGAGGUGGAGGUUGAGGUCGACGAGGUUAAGAUGGAAGCCGAGGACCAUCUAGCGAGGGAAUACGUCCAGGAGUUUGUCCUCGAUCAUCUCGAUCCCGCCGACGUCAAGCGAGAGGUACGAAUGGGUUCGCCGAACGUGAUGGUGAACGGAAGCGUGGUGCAAAUUCCGGGACAAGUACAAGCUCAGGGCCUGGCUCUGGCGCCGUUGACGCCACCGGCUCACGAGUUAGAGCAACCUCAUCCGUUGUACGGGCAACCUCAUAUACAGGUGCAACACGGGGUGCUGGUGAAGGCACCACCCGGUGGUGCUCCACAUUUGACGACCCUUUCGCAUCCAGGCACACCACCGGACACGCCGCCGGUCUCUGCCUCUCCACCCCCGUUGCAGCUGCAUCGCGCCGAGCGAGAUCCUCGCGAACGCAGCGGACUCCUAUUGCAUCUGCAACAGCCUGGAUCCAUAUUGCAAGAUGACAUGCAAGUUGGUCCCGGGGUCGGCAUGGGCUGGCUCACCCAAUCCCUCAGGCAAGAACCGCUGGAUCUGAGACCUCACUGUCCUCAGGAACAAGCGCAGGAACCUCAUCACGAGGGUUGGUCCUCGUCGACCGCGAACCAUCAUCACUUUCAGGAGCUUCAACACUUGCCUAGACAUACCAGGCAUCCCGGUGGGUACAUCACAAUGUCCAGUCACAUCGAGUACUAUGGCGGUCCAGGUUCAGGCGGCGGGAUGCUUCCCGCGGGCGGGGGUGUGAUGCAGAGCAUGGAGGAUAGCAUGCAAGGGAUGCCCAUGCAACCGGGUAGACCGUUGAGCGUUUGCUCGGUCAGUUCUUGUGGAGCCAGUGGUCCCAGUCCUGCUCACAGAACUGCCAAUGGACUUUACUCGAGCUGUGGACCGGCCAAUUCGCAGGAGGAGCUCAUGAACGACGAGCUCCUCAUGUCGCUCUCCGUACGCGAAUUGAACAAACGCCUCCAUGGUUGCCCGCGGGAAGAGGUGAGUCAGGUCGUCCGUUUGAAGCAAAAACGUCGGACUUUGAAGAAUCGAGGAUACGCGCAAAACUGUCGUAGCAAACGACUACAGCAACGUCACGAUCUCGAGACGACCAACAGUAAUCUACAAAACGAGCUUCAACGAAUGAAGGUCGAGUUGGCUCGGACCCAGCAAGAGCGGGAUCUCUACAAGCAACGCUGUGAAAUAUUGAGGGCUCGUCAAAGUCAUCAUCACAGUCACAGUCACAAUCAUCAUCAACAGCAAGCCCCUCAGCCGACCCAGCAGCAGCAGCAGCAGCAGCAACAACAGCCGCAGCAGGCUCAGCAACAACAUCAGUCCCAGAAUCAACAUCCUCAGCAGCAACAGCAACCACCGCCGCCGCAGCAGCAACAACAGCCGCAGCAGCAACAACAACAACAACAACAACAGCAGCAUCAACAACAACCGGCACCGGCCAGCCCGGAGGUCUAUCUAUGACAUCGACAGCGCCGAGGAGGCGCUUGCUGGACCUGAACGAUUAUCUCGAUGUCGAAUCCUUGAGCCGCUUCUCGAGAACGAUCGUGGAUCGAGAAAUGGGAUUGAAGAUGGAAGGAAGGUGCGAGCGAUACCUCUGAGAGAUGGCGUUAUCUCGACGGCGCGCCUCGAUUCCGAAAAACGAUAGAAGCGAGAACGCUCUAUGCGUGCGCGUGUACACGUUAUAAAAAAGGUUUAUACGAGGAUAGAUGGCUUUCGGUUACUCUUUUUCGUUUUUCUUUUCACGACGCUUCGUCGUGUUCUCCUCGUUCCUCCGUCGCGCUCGAGUCUACGCAGUCCGCAUGGAAUUGUGUUCGAUGCGAAGAAAAUUGAUGAAAACGGUGCAAAAGGGACGAGACGGAUUAGCGCUUCGUUAGCAAGAGGAAUGGAGAAAUAGGAGGAUGCGGAAGAAGGAUAGGACACUUAUAAUUGAGUUAAGCAAAAUGUAGAAUUAAGGAACGCGAAAGGAAUACGAACGGAUUUCUUUUCUUUUUCUCACUUACUUUCUAACAAACGCCGACGGCUCUUUUCCCCCGAGUCUGGCGUUCGAGCUACGUGUGUACAUAUUUACAUUCAUCCUACAUUGUUUAUGUAAUAUAUGAUCGCGUCGCUUUGAAGAAUAGCCUAUCGAUCGUCGCGAGGCCAUCGUCGACAGUAUUUUUCAAGACUAUCGCGAGCAAAAAACUCGCGCUCUCUUCUAACGUCAAUUUUACUUACGAUUAGGGCAUUCACGGAAGUUUCGAUACGAGACACGAUUUCGUCCCGUCUCUUCUUUCUCCUUUCUCUAUUUCUUUAUUAUCGUUUCUAUUUUUGUUAUCGUUUCCCUAGGCGAGAUUGACAUUUCGCUUUAUCUCGACGUUAGUCUCCCCCCCCCCACCUCUCUCUCUCUCUCUCCCUUUUUUCUACUUUCUUCGCUCCUUUUAACUCUAUUUUACCAAUAUCUAGAUCGAUCUGUCUCUUCCGUGAGUCGAAUAGAACAAAAGAGAAGGGCGAAACUUUGAUCGUUAAUAUAUAUUAUCGCGUAAUUAGAUCUCCCGCGCAAAGGGCCGAAAAACAGGCAUACAUCGUUUUAAUAUGACUAUGGCACAAAAAAUAAUCGGUAUACGGUAUACCUGUACGGUAUUUCUCUACGACUUGGCUUCUUCGACCAUGGAGGAAGGAAAGAGUAACGAAGAAGAGGAGGAAGAAGGAUCUCCAUCUCUCUCGAUUCUACAAAUUCGACAGAACGAACGAAGAAGUCGAGCGAUUAACGUGCGUUAGACGAUGGCGUAACUUUGACUUUUGAGGAGAACGACGAUCCUUUUGCGUGAGAAGGACAAGGUAAGAAAAACCAGGGAAAUAUUCAAUUCGACCAAAUUUCAAAAACAGGACGAAAUUAAAGAAGAAAAUGUGAAAAAUCGAGUCGGGGCCAAUGGUCUUCGUCUAUUCAACGAAAACGCUUACCUACGCGCAAAGCUACGCCACCGAUCCUAAUUAGAAGAAUAUUAUGCAUAUAAAAAAAAGUAUAUAUAUAUACAUAUUAUAUAUAUAUAUAUAUAAAUAUAUUAUUGUUUUCUCGUACGGACCACGCUCGGCCACGACCCCACGGGCCGAAACUUGUCCGAUUCGAUUUAAGAAUGUUUUAAUUCCCGUUACAUCGUCUCUCGUGUGUACAUAAAAGUAAUUAUUAUACUUCUUAUUAUAAAUAAACGUCGACACAGAAUCCGACAGUUUCAGAUA